UGAAAAACUUCACAGAGACUUUUCACCCUUAUCAUCCUCUCCUGUCUUCUGUGAAGAGAAGUUAACCGGAAAAUGCUCUCGGCCGGCGCGGGGUAAACGGCCGAUGCUCCGGUACUCACGAGUGGAAUAAUCGGUGAGGACGAUCACCUGUGUGGACAUGUAUCAAGGUGUAACGAUGACCACAAACCAUGGACACGCGUCUUACGAGCCCGGUUUCCUCCAUAACGCGGCCGCUUCCCCGGUGUACGUGACACCCACCCGGGUAACCCCGAUAAUCCCGGCGCUCCCAUACCUCCAGACCCCCCAGCAGAGCAACCCCGGGUCCGGACACUCGGGAUGGGCGCAACCGGGUGCGGACACCUCUUAUAAUCAUUCCACACAUCAUUCUCCGGUGUCCAGGUUCACUUUCUCAGCGAGCCCUCCGUUAACCUCGCAAGCCCGGGAGACUGCGACGUACACGAGCCCGCUGAACAUCAGCACGAGCGCCCGGGAGCAUUACGGUUCCCGCGGGCUGAGUGGCUCGUAUCACACCGGGUACCCGGCCUACGUGAGCCCGAACAUCGGAGGCUCGUGGGCGGCCUCGCACUUCGACGGUUCCGUGAUGCACACCGGAGGACCCGCGCGACACCCGAAUAUAGAGCUGCUGGAUGAGUUUGCGGAGGGUCGUGAGUGUGUGAACUGCGGGGCGAUGUCCACUCCUCUGUGGCGACGGGACGGGACGGGUCAUUACCUGUGUAACGCCUGUGGACUCUAUCACAAGAUGAACGGGAUCAACCGGCCACUCAUUAAACCUCAGAGACGACUGUCGGCCUCCAGGCGUGUGGGUUUGUCCUGCACGAACUGUCAGACGAGCACAACGACUCUCUGGAGACGUAAUGCCGAGGGAGAGCCGGUCUGCAACGCCUGCGGACUCUACAUGAAACUCCACGGGGUUCCUCGUCCUCUCGCCAUGAAGAAAGAGGGAAUACAGACUCGCAAGCGCAAACCCAAAAACAUCGACAAGUCCAAACCUGGAGUGUGUGAAGGUCAGAGGUCAUCCGGUGUCCUGAACUCCAGUCCCACAGAAGAGCCGAGAGCCAUAAAGACGGAGCCGGAGACGCCAUCGCUUUACGUGCACACGCCGGCGUUUCCCCCUUACACGGGCCCCGCGAGCGCCGGCUCGGCCCUCAAACUCUCUCCCGGCGGGUCCUCCGGCUCCAGGAGUGACGUCUGGAACAGCCUGAUCCUGGCGUGAGGCCCGGGACUCUUCAUCCGGCACCCGGAGCUCGAGAUCGGAUCGGACGUGUGUGAACGAUUCAGAUCACAGCAGAAACACAGGACCUGAUUGAGAACGCUUGAGACCCUCGUGUCCGGCGGAUCGCGAGAACAUAAGCUUAUGUUCAGGUGUACUGUGUGUACUCCACACAUCUUGGUUUCGUUAUUUUAAACCGUUCAGAUGAUGUUCAGAUGUCGCGCGUCACGUUUUGCACACGCAAACACAACACUUUCUCCUGAAAAUGUACAAAUGUUGCUAUUUUUACCCGUUCUGUUUGUUGCUCUUCAUAAACUAUAUUUAAGUGAAGCUCAAAGCACUCCUAC